GUGUAAAAGAAGAGCAGGGUCGUUUUCGGAUCGAGUCGAAAUUAGAGAAUCGGGUCCGGUAAGCAUAACAACGGGUUUCUCUUAAACCUACCAGAUCCGAUGGAGCCUUGUAGAGGUCUAUCUGGAAUUCUUGUUGGCCGUGUCUUUUUUAGGUUUCUUCCCUCCGUCGGUUGAAAAAAAAAAAUCCUCUCCUUUUCUCUCCAUCCGUCCUUUCGAGCUUCAUCCAAUAUUGAAUCUUUUGGAAUUCGUUGAUCAUUUUUGGGCAUCCGAAGCAUCAAGAAGGAGGAGUUGUGUCUAUUGAAACUUGAAAGCCUUCAAGUAUCAAAUAGAUGGAUGGCAGCAUCUAAAGAUAUAGUUUCAUAUCCUUCAUUUUCUGAGCUUGAUAAAGAAAGCCAUGAUGAGGAAGACUUCCAAUCUGAUUUCUGGAGUGUCCCCAAGAAAAAGGCUUUCUCAUCGGGGCAUAGAUCCUUAAGACAAGGAGAUCCUUAUCAGUUAAGGGAUGAGAAUGACUUUCUUGAUGGAUAUGAUUCGGGUGAAGAGUCUUGCAUUUCUCCACAGCCCAAAGCACACCCUGAAGUGAACCUGAAAAAUGUCUUGGGUGGGAUAGUUGCAAUUCUCACUGGGAGGAGCAAAGGACAUGGCAUUGUUCAACCACGUCAAAUUUCUAGUACAACAUUUUUGGGAUCUGAAAGCAAUGGAGACAGUUUCUUACAUCCCUCAGUGUACAUACCGAGUGCACCACCAUUGCUUGAGACAGAAGCCAUUAACUAUGGUGCUUAUAGGGAUGUACUAGAAGCAGAACCUCCAGAGUGGCUUCCAGAUAGUUAUACUACAGUCUGCAUGCAGUGCACUUCUCCUUUCACUGCCCUUACCCGUGGAAGGCAUCACUGCCGAUUCUGUGGAGGUGUUUUCUGUAGAGCAUGCACGAAAGGAAGAUGCUUGUUGCCUGUCAAGUUCCAAGAGCGAGAUCCUCAGAGAGUGUGUGAUGCCUGUUAUGAUAAGUUGGAUCCCUUGCAAGGAAUAUUGAUUAACUCUAUUAGUAAUGCCAUGCAGUCAGCAAAACAUGAUGUUAUGGAUUGGACAUCCACAAGAGGGUGGUUAAAUUUGCCUGUGGGUUUAUCAAUGGAACAUGAGAUAUAUAAAGCAGCAAACACUUUAAGGAGUUAUAGCCAGGUUGCUAGAUUGAAUCCUGAGAAGUCUAUUCCUCUGGCUGUCCUAAAAGGAGCAAAAGGACUAGCUAUUCUGACAGUUGCCAAGGCUGGUGCACUUCUUACUUACAAAUUAGGAACAGGUCUAGUAGUUGCUCGAAGGUCAGAUGGGUCAUGGUCUGCACCAUCUGCAAUUCUCUCUGUUGGUCUAGGAUGGGGUGCGCAGAUUGGGGGAGAACUCAUGGACUUCAUCAUUGUUCUACAUGGUUCUAAAGCUGUCAAGACAUUUACUAGCCGCAUGCAUUUUUCCCUUGGGGGAGGUUUGAGUGCAGCAGCAGGACCAGUUGGGAGAGUCUUUGAAGCAGAUCUCCGAGCUGGAGACAAAGGAUCUGGAAUGUGUUACACUUAUAGUUGUAGCAAAGGUGCUUUUAUUGGAGUCUCAUUGGAAGGCAACCUUGUCGUGACACGGAUGGAUGCUAAUCUGCGCUUCUAUGGUGAUCCUUAUCUGACGACAACCGACAUACUUCUGGGAACAGUAGAGAGACCUAAAGCUGCUGCGCCGUUGUAUUCUGCUCUGAAUGACCUCUACUGGAGGCUGACAUGUUAAACUUUCAGUAUGGGGUCUCUUGUAAAUAUUUCUCAGGGUUUCAUUGCUUGUUGAUGCUCUGCCUUUUUCAGCCAUCAAAGAGGCCAAUUAGACAAUAAAAAUAUCAUAAAUGUGCACUUCUUGUUCUGCAUUUUUACAUUAUUGGAGCUGAGAAUGACCCUGUAUAUUUAUAUCAGAAAAUUCAAUGCAAAUACACUUGAACACUCAAUUAUUUUUGGC